AGCCCUGUUUGUAAAAUAGGAAGGCGCUCCGCCAAUGCACGCGUCCCUGUGAGAGACAUCCGUUCUGAGAAAUCUGCUCGCGAGAGCUUCCCGUCAGAAGAAGCAACACACACAACACUGUUCUCUGUCAUGCUUGAGUUUUUCCUGACCGCACAACCGGCCCGCCGCAUUGUGUGCCGCAACGAGACCACUUAUGUGUACUUUUGGCCCUACCUGUUCACGCGCGAGGUUCCCGGGGCUCGUCCCCUGAGUCGGUGGGCCGCGCGUCGUGGCGCCGCCGUGCACGGAGCCGUCCGUCUGCAGCCGAGCGACAACGCCGUCGCACCGCAGCAGUGUUACCUGAUGGUCACCCGACCCGUCGAGCAGGGCCGCGCGCUCAUCUCGCUCCCGCCUGCCCUCGCCCUCGGCGUCUCCUCCACCGAGGCCAAAAAAGGCUCCUUUGCGGGGCGGUACAACCCACUGGAAAGCCUGGCGCAGCUGCUGGCGCGCGAACUGCACAAUCCUCGCAGUCCGCACCGCCCUUACCUGGAGUUUCUCUACGACCUGCACAACACUGCCACGGAGGAGGAGCAAGAGGCACUUCUAGCGAGUCUGCAGUACGGACGCGCUGGUACCCUAACGCAGCAACUGGAGGCAAUGUACGGCGGCAACACGUUGCAGGCCCGUGGCGUGGCCAACGCGCCGUUCCUCACCAAGGAGGAGCUCGUCUCGCCGAGUCAGCGGGUAGAGUGGGCGCGGCUACAACAAAUGCGGCGGCGGCUGGAGCAGAGCGUGCCGCACUUUGCCGCCAAAUCCACGUCCUGGGCGCUGUCGAUGGCGCUGAGUCGCUCCAUGGAGGACGACGACGAGGGCCGCACCAUGUACCCGAUCAUCGACUUCUGCACCCACAGCUUCGCCCCGAACGCGGGGGUGGUGGUGGAUGGACAGGAAAACGCAAAGGUGGUGCGGCCCGUGCAGUGGACGGAGACGGACGGCGCUGGCCCGUGUGUGCAUCUUGUGACGCUUCGUCCGCUGCAAACGGGUGAGCGGGUGACGGUGCGAUGGCACGCGAGGCCGGCCACGACGCAGGAGGACGCCGAGUUUUGGCGGCUGCGCUUUGGGUACGUCCCCAGUGAAGGAAACAACGCAAAAGCAAAAAGAUAG